AUUCAGUGAAAGCACCCCUAUUGUGAAGGGUUGGUAAGACACAGUAAUUUGAUGCUCAAUUAUAGAGUUUGGAUAGAGCUAGAUUGAAAAGGCGCUAUUAUAGGUACAAGAUAUAUGGUUUGUCACCGGCUGCCUGUGUAGGACUGUAGGUAAAGGUAUAGAGGUGAUAAGACAUAGGCCCUAGGCAGUUGGCAGCUCUAUAUAUACACAAGUGACCCAACAAGCAGUCACAUCUCAACGAGUACUCAAACGGGAAGGACCUAAAAAAUUCAGAGGCAUCACUCAGGAGCACAAAACAUACAGUAUCAAAUACAACAUAUUUAAUUUUGCAUGGACAAUUUUGGAGAUUCUUAAAGGACUGGAUAAACAGGAUAUAAUCAUAAACUGUUGCUGAUUUAAACUGUUGCUAGGGAUUAUCAGAGGCAAGAAAUAGUUGUCAUGGAUACAUACAGGUUGCUAGGAAUGGGAGUCAUUCUUCUGAUGGUGCUGUCUCUUAGUCAGGCAACAUGUCCGGAGGAUGUCCCCGGUGAGAGCCAGGAAUGUAUGGCGGAGUAUAGCGAAUCAUUACGAGUUCGAGAGGAGAGAAUGCAAAAUUUCUUCACAGGGACUGACCCAGAAACAAUAAGAUACAUUUGUUCAAAAUUAGCUGAUGGGAGCCAAUGUGUGCGCAGAUUGAGGCAAGAUUGCCCAAAACAUAAACACGCAGAUAUCAGCGGUGCUCUCACCAAUAUUCCAAGUAUAUUACCAAUAUGUAGUUAUACCCAAUUUUAUGAAAUAUAUGCUAGGCAUCAGAGCUGUUAUAGGAGGAUAGAGGGCAGCAAUACUUGCUGGGAUGUAUAUUUACACAACCGAGAACCUUUAAUGCCGCAAGUCUUUAAUGGACAAGAACGUGCAAUAGCUCAAAUAUGCGGAUAUGCCUAUACAUUAUUAGAGUGUGUCAAAAAGCAGGUUGACAGACAUUGUGGGGAAGAAGCCGCUUCUCUCAUGGACAUCUUAGUGAAAUCAUCAACUAAAGUUGGAGAUCUAUGUCAAUUUAUAAAUCCAAAUGCCGUCACAACUACACAGAGACCUAUCAAAACGGAAGUAGAAUACAAAACAAAGACAGAAAAACCACCGAAACAGCAAGCCACAAAAGACGGCACAAAUACAGAAAACACAAGCUCAACAAAAACAUUCUCUAGUUCAUUAUUCAGCCUUUCUUUAGUACUCACAAUCUUUGGACUACUAUUCAGAUAAAAACAAGGACUGGGUUUAUUGUUAUUACUGAUCUAAAGAAUUUGCCAGAAUUUAUUGUAAAAUUUAUCGUAUUCAGUUUAAUUUUGUCAAAAAUUGGUGACAUUGAUAAGGUGAUAUUUGAUUACACAAAAUGCACGAUUCUUGAGGUGGAAUUAAUGUUGUUGUUAAAAAAUCAGUAAAUUGAACAUUUUGUAGUAUUUUUCAAUUGCACUGCAUAUUUAUUUUGUUGAUUGUAGAAUAUGUUUUGAAUUUAUCCAAUGGGUGACUUGUUGUACCACAAUUACGAGGAAAUAUCCCUUUAGUAUAGGAAAAACAAGAACUACGUAAUACAAUAAGAUCUGUCUAGUCUAAACAUCACUGGACUAACCAAAAAUAUUUAAAUGAGAAAGUGUUCACAUUUCAACAUGA